GGCAACGCGCGUGGCAGUGGGCGCUCCUGACCUUGCGUCCGCGACCGCGCAAAGCGCGCGCGCUUAAAAUAGACCCGGGGAGAUUGACGUUAAUUGAAAAUAAGAAAAACGCAAGAAGAGCCGAUCGCCGUUCACACGGCUCGACAAGGAAAAAGGGGGCAUGUUGGAUGGUGGAAACGAUGAGAUACGAGAUUAUUACAGCGUUUGCUCGGAUGCGAUACCGGCUGAACGAUUCGGCAGGUUUGUGCUAAAUGGCUCUGUGUGCUGGAAAAACCAAUAUGGAUCCCUUAAUUGUGCAUACCUGGCUGCGGCGAUGCCCACUGGAUCUUCCUGAGUGUGUGGCAUAUGCUUGUUUUUGAGUGCUACAUUGUCAUUGUGUCAAAGCCGAGAGUGUCAUUGAGCUACAGACAGAGCUUUACCAGUGUGUGUGUUUGUGUGCGCCGUAAAGAGGGAUGAUGAUCUACACACAGUCAGCAGCUCACCUGGCGCUCACCCGCCUGCCCUGCCGGCCUCUGAACUCCGCUCUCCGCUGGCUGCUCGUGUGGUUGAUGUGGUCAGUCUCUGUGGCAUCAACGCUGACCUACCAGCCAACAGUAAACACAGCUCUUGGCAGACUGAGGGGGAUGCGGGUCGCUGUUGCCACGGAGGGUCUGGGACCUGUGGAUCAAUAUCUGGGUGUGCCUUACGCCGCUCCGCCUGUGGGAGAGAAGCGAUUUAUGCCACCCGAUGCUCCGUCUGCCUGGUCUGGUGUGAGGAACGCCACGCGCUUUCCUCCUGUUUGCCCACAGACCGUUCGCAACGCAGUGCCAGACAUAAUGAUGCCCGUUUGGGCCACCUAUAAUAUGGACACGGUCGCCACAUACCUGCAGGAGCAGAGCGAGGACUGUCUGUACAUGAAUAUAUACGUGCCAACACAAAGUGGUACAAAGAGAACAGGCGACAUGUCAGCUGACACCGAGCGCACAGAGGAUGAUGGGCUUAGGGAUUCUCGAGACGACCCUCGUCCUGUGAUGUUAUUUAUUCAUGGUGGCUCGUACAUGGAGGGUACAGGGAACAUUAUGGAUGGUAGUGUGCUGGCCAGCUACGGCAAUGUCAUCGUCAUAACCCUCAACUACAGGGUGGGAAUAUUAGGAUUUUUAAGCACAGGUGAUCAGGCGGCUAAAGGGAAUUAUGGUCUCCUGGAUCAGAUUCAGGCUCUCCGCUGGAUCAACAAGAAUAUUGGAUAUUUCGGUGGUGAUCCGGGCCGCGUGACCGUGUUUGGCUCAGGAAUUGGAGCGUCCUGUGUCAGUUUGCUCACUCUGUCACACCACUCUGAAGGUUUGUUCCACAGAGCAAUCAUUCAGAGUGGCUCCGCUCUGUCCAGCUGGUCAGUGAACUAUCAGCCUGUGAAAUACACACGUCUCCUCGCUGAGCGCGUCGGCUGUAAUGUCCUUGACACACAAGACCUGGUUCUCUGCAUGCAGAAGCGCAGCUACAGGGAGCUGGUGGAGCAGGAAAUCCAGCCUGCACGCUUCCAUGUGGCCUUUGGUCCAGUCAUCGACGGCGACCUCAUACCAGAUGAUCCCGAAGUGCUGAUGGAGCAGGGGGAGUUCCUCAACUAUGACAUCAUGCUGGGCGUCAACCAGGGGGAGGGAUUCCGCUUCGUGGAGGGCGUGGUGGAGCCUGAAGAGGGUGGAGUUUCUGGCUCCGAUUUUGACUUCACUGUGUCUGACUUUGUGGACAGUCUCUAUGGUUAUCCAGAAGGGAAGGACACUCUUAGAGAGACCAUAAAGUUUAUGUACACUGACUGGGCUGAUCGAGACAAUCCCGAGACCCGCCGGAAAACCCUCGUGGCCAUGUUUACAGAUCAUCAGUGGGUGGAGCCAGCCGUGGUGACAGCCGACCUGCACGCACGUUACGGCUCUCCGACCUUCUUCUAUGCCUUCUACCAUCACUGCCAGAGCCCCAUGAAGCCCCCAUGGGCUGACUCCGCACAUGGUGAUGAGCUGCCCUACGUUUUUGGUGUUCCGCUUAUCGGUCCGACAGAACUCUUUCCCUGCAACUUUUCCCGUAAUGAUAUCAUGCUGAGUGCUGUCGUCAUGACCUACUGGACCAACUUUGCAAAGACUGGGGAUCCGAACAAGCCAGUUCCUCAGGACACCAAAUUCAUCCACACCAAGGCAAACCGUUUUGAAGAAGUGACAUGGGCCAAGUAUGGUCCUCAUGACCAACUCUACCUGCACAUUGGGCUGAAGCCUCGCGUUCGAGAUCACUAUCGGGCAACUAAAGUGGCCUUCUGGAAGCAUCUGGUACCUCACCUGUACAACCUGCAUGAUAUGUUCCACUACACGUCCACUACCACACGGGUUCCACCUCUUUUGACCACACACAGCUCUCACAGUGCCACGCCACGCCCAGGAGGUAACAAGGCCCGUACUUCUGGUAAACAACCCCCCCAGUCGACAGCCCGCAGUGGGCCACUAGUCAUUGCCAAUCCCCGUGAUUACUCCACAGAGCUGAGUGUCACGAUCGCCGUCGGAGCUUCACUUCUGUUCCUCAACGUCCUGGCCUUUGCUGCACUUUACUACCGCAAAGACAAGCGGAGUCGACAAGACACGCCCCCUCAGCCCGCCCCUCAGCGCCAAACCCCACCUAUUGACCUCAACUAUGCGCCCACUUCCAUCUCAGGGGGGAAUCAAGAGGAGUUGUCACUGUGUGACCCCCUGCGUUUGACCCCAGCCUCAUCUCCACGGGAUUAUGCUCUUACACUCCGCCGCUCACCAGAUGAUAUCCCGCUUAUGACACCAAGUUCUGUUGCCAUGACCCCGAAUAGUGGCACUAUGACACCCAACACUGUAACCUUGACGCCCAACAGUGUUACCAUGACCCCCAACACCAUAACCAUGUCACCCAAUUCUUUGAUGGGAUAUCCCAGCAUGCACCCUUACAAUACUUUCACCCACGGAUACAACUCCACCACCCUUCCCCACCCACACUCGACAACACGUGUAUAA